UGCACCUGUAGCUUCCCUCUGCACCUCACAGCAGCAGCUUCCAUCUCCUGAAGAGACUCACUGAACCUGAGCUGAGACCGACGAAGAAAAACACAGACAUGGCCUCUCAAGUUGCAGCUCUGCUCUUGCUGAGCAUCAUCUGCACUGAGUUUGCAGCAGCUGAGGUUCCAGUGGACUGCUGUAAGAAAGCCAGCAAAACCCUCAUACCAAAGAGAAUCAUUGAAAGCUACACCAUUCUGGAAGCUGGACAGGGCUGUGACAUCAGUGCUACUGUGUUCAUCACAAAGGGUGCAAAGAGACUGUGUGCCGUCCACCCCAGUGUGGAAGGAUGGGUGAGGUCUCACAUCAACUUUCUGGACCUCAAAAAGAAUGCCUCAGUAAAAAAGUAAAAGAAAAAAAAAAAAAGGUGAACAGCAGAGUGCACUCUAGGAAAAGAUGGCAGAAGAUCAAGGACUGAGACUGAGCCAAAUCCAUUUGUCUCAGUAAACCGCCAUGCUGUGCCCUGUUAUUUAUGAUGAUGAUGAUGAUGAUGAUGAUGAUGAUGAUGAUGAUGAUGAUAUACUGUAUGAGCCAUCAUGCCAUGUGACUUCAGACACUGGCUAAAUGUACAGGUCUAUACGUUUCCUGGUGACUGCUGUGUUAAACUCAAUCCCUCUUUGUGAAUGUUUUUUUAAAUUUUAUCUUUAUUUCUUUUCAUUAUCUCUGAGUGAAAUGUUGAUCUAACUAACAACCUGUUUGUUUCUCAUCAUAAUACUGUUGUGAAAACCUGAGAAAAAUGUUGUGAUGACUAUUGUUGAGAGUUAUUUUAAAAUAAAGUUUGAUAGUAUUUUCUAAUCUCUA